GAGUGGUGUCACAGACACCAGGUUCAUGUUUUUACAGUCGCGGGUUUCACGCUUUCUUUAAUAAGCACAGCACGUGACUGUUUUCAUUAGGCCUAGUUUCAUACAAAGUAAUAUUAUACUCAAAGAAAAGAAAUUAAAAUUGUCCUAAAAAUGUGACACAUUUUACCACUGAUCUACUCAUUUCUCUCUUCCUAUUAAUUUAUUCACUCAUUUACUGGCUUAAGUUGAUUGUACUGUAGUGUUCUUUGUGCCCUCAUUGUCUCUGCGUCUUACGUAGGUGGCUGUUUCUGCUCUGACCCAUCCUGUGUGAGUGUGAAGGUCACCAUGGCAACCAAGCCUCGAGGCAACCUGGAAAAGCCAAGGUUUGGCCCCAGUGACCACCUGAUCGCUGUGUUUAGUACGUGUUUUUUUUCAACCGGGUCCCAUUCCUGCUAUGAUUCCUCCGACUCAGGGCCUGCUCCAGAGAUCCAACCGAGGCACUUAAAGCGAUACUGAAACGCAUGCUGCACGUGUUUCUGCUUCACCACAGGGACAAUGUAGGAAAUGAGAAGACCAAAGAGUUGGCAGUAAAGUGCUGCUGUGAGGCCGGGUUCUGGUAUUACAGGAUCCUAGAGAACCUGGUCAGUCAAGAGAGGAGAAGACUGGGCGUCAGUGACAUCUCAGGCAUCUUUGAGAUUGAUCUCUUCCAGUGUUGUCUGGUGGCCUGUUGUCUGGAGAUUACGAUAUGCUCGAACCGUCUACCGUGUGAUUUCCCUCUGCUCCUUCAGAUCUUAAAGAUGGCACCAUACCACUUCUGGAAGGUGAUUGAGCUGGUGCUGCGCGCCGAAGCGGGACUGCCUCGCGCUGUUGUCACACACCUCACCCAGGUGGAAGAGAAAGUUGUGGAGAGCUUGGCCUGGAUCAGCCACUCACCACUGUGGGAAGAAAUCCGAGCCAACGAGGGCCACUUGCCUACCUGCCAACAGGUCACACUUCCUGGACAGCUUGAGGAUCCAAAGAGGACAGACUUGCAACCUGACCCACACCUAAAGAGAGGACUCUUAUUAUUGAUUGACUGGUCACCUGUGUUUUUCCCAGUGGAUGUCAGUUUGGGACCUGACCUUUCUGCCAGCACUGACCGACAGUGUUGCCCAUCAGCUGUAAACAGGCCUCAGAGGAGCAGCCUCCUCCUGUUUUCUCGCAAGGUAUACAGCCUGAUGAGCAGGCGUCUGCGGGAGCUGAGUUCUACACUGGACAUUUCUGACGAGCUGCGGUUUAAGAUCUGGACCUGUUUUGAGUACUCCCUGGUCCACUGCUCCCACCUCAUGGUAGACCGUCACCUGGACCAGCUGCUCAUGUGUGCCAUCUACAUCAUAGCCAAGAUUACCAUGGUGGAGAUACCCUUCAAGCGCAUAAUGAAGUGCUACAAGUCUCAGCCAUGUACCAGCAAAAGUGUCUGCAAAAAUGUGCUGAUUUCAGGAGGAAACACGGAAAAUUCUCCCAUUGGAAACAACAAUAAUGGAGACCAGAGCAACAGUAUACCGACUCCCACCUCACCAUCCACACAUUAUCCAGGAUCCUUUCAGGAGCAGAGGGGCAAUCUUAUCUACUUUUACAACCAGGUCUACACGACAAAGAUGCAGCACUUUGCCAAGCAGUUUGCCCUGUCCUCUGGGGGUGAUACUCCUCCUUUGACUCCAUACCCGCGACAGUGGAAAGCAUCUCCUCGCAGACGCCAGGUGUCCAGCAACCCCUUCAUCUAUAUUUCACAGCACAACCCUGAAACCGCCUCCCCUCGUACAACCGCGCUGUGCUACUACUUCAACUCAAGUCCCGUGGAUCGUCUGCUCGAGAUCAACAACAUGAUCAAAACAGACAGGCCAUCCAACAGGCGAUGCUAUUUGGUGUCACUGGAGGAGGAGGAGGAGGAGGAAGAGGAGGAGGAGGAGGGAGAAGAUGGUCCUUCAGCAAAAAGGCUUUGUUUGGACGAUCGGUCAGCCUGGCAGAGGCGACUAAGGAAUGUCGUGAAAGAUCGUGUCACAAGAAGGAACCAGGACCAGCCUUCUCCAGUUAAAGCCUAAAGCCAGAGCCUAACCUGCGCUGGCGCGGAGACAAGCAUGAAGUCUUGCUCUGCUCCUGUUUCUGAAACUGUAACAACAACGUCAGGUGUCAGAGGAAAAGGACAGAGCAGCUUUGUCUUCCCAUCUCAAUUCCUUCGGGCCAAGUUCUUUAUCAGCUCAAAGUGUUGUCUGCAAUCUGAGUUAAAUUUACACCUUUUUGCUCUGCAUUAUUUUUGACACCAACGACACUGUCUGGGUAGCCCGAGCGAUAUAAAGGUCCGCCGAUUUUAUGGGCCAAUAUUGGCCUAUCAUAGAUUUAUUGGUAUCGACGUAUGUGUUGUCCAAUAUGCACCGAGAGUAAAACUUUUUUUUAAAGGACAUAUUGCAGAAAUAGAUGCUUUGGGUAAGUUAGAUAAUGGCGUCAUCACAUAGUUUGUCCAGCAGAGCGCGCUCCGACUCCAUUGUUUACCAUACUCUCAGCACUGCCUGCAGCACAUGUAGCAGAGUACGCAUCACAGCUGAGCAGAUGGUGGUGGUGGUGGUGAGUCAUGCAUUGUCCUCACUUUGAGUCGCUAACUAGAUUGUGAAAUACAUUGCCGGAAAGAUAAUAAAAGAUGACCCCGCCAUUUUCAUUAUUUUUCCUUUUAAAUUCAAUAAUAUAUACACACACAUUUACACAUAUAUAGAUAC